AUGGCAUCUCAGGAACGCGAGGGACUAGAACGGACCAAAUCAGAAGAGGAGAUACUGGAAAGAUUGUCCCACGUGGUGGAAAUUUCAGAUGAAGACCGUAUAUUCCCACCAGAAACUCACUUCCUACCUCUAACCGGUAAUGAUUCUGGACUUUCAGGGCUCCAGCACAAGGCAGUAAAGCCUCUAGCCCCUCCUACGCUAGAAAUUCCGCCAACUUACUUUCCGUCUGAGACAUCCAUCGAUUCUGCAAAGUUGUUCGCUCCUUCUACUCAACCUUUAUCUGCACGAGUUUCAAAAUGCCUGUCACCCAACCAACUUGAUUCAGGGCAAGAAGCCAUAAUAAGUUUCUCAGAAGAACCAUACGACGAUUCCGCACACGAUGUGUUUACCGAACAGCGGCCUGCUACACCACUGGGUGUAUUAAACCCACCAUUUCCAGAUCCCGGUGAAGAUCAUGGAUCACCGGAUCCAUUAUUCAAACCUAGUGUGUACCUUGGAACAUUAAGACAACCAAACCGGAAGCUUGGCGAUAGGAACGUUAUAUACGCAACUAUGAGUAAAAGUGCGGUAUCCCACAACUGGACUUCUCCCGUUGUACUGACCGCUCACAAAGUGAAUAAGUAUGGAGCACAUUGUAAACUUGACCGACAACCCAGAGUCAAGUUUGAGGAAAUUGAUUUUCGUGAAGAUCUAAAAGAUAAAUGUCAGACAUACGAAGCAAUGAGGGAACUUGUCGAGCGCAGGAUCAGUGGAUGGUACGAAACAUGA